AUGAACCGCCGCAUCACCCGCACCCUCAGCCAAGCCGGCGCCCUCCUCCUCCUCAUCCUAGUAGUCGUCUUCCUCGCCGACUACCAAUACAAAGUCCUCCCCACCUCCAUCCACUCCGCCCUGCCCUCCCACCACGCCGGCACCGUCAUCACCGACAUCACCGUCGCCUUCUGCUCCACCACCAACCCUUUCAGCCAAUGCCGCUUGGACGCGGAGAAAUGGCAUCGGGUAGAGAAAGAUCUGUACUUGCGGUCGGGAUGGGUGCAGAGUGCGUAUUUGCAUGUCACGCGGCGGAAGGAGGAGGAGUUGACGGCGGGGGAUAAGGUGGUCAUGGCUGUGAGGGUGGGGAGGUUGGAUCCGGGGAUGGGGGAGAAGGGACAAGGGGAGGAGAAGUGGGAGAGUCGUCCCGGUGGGAUCUGGUUGUUAAGGAGUAACAAGCGGCAUGACAGCGACUCGGAGAAGGCGAUCACAGCAGUGGAUGUCCUCUUCGGCGCCGACGCCGUAGAUCCUCGGACUGGCUGGUCCCUCGCACAAACACCACUCCUACUCGACACGGACAGCAACACCCCCAGCGCCCGCCUCAGCGUCCGCCGCGGCCACCUCAACCCCAAAGCCGAGGAGAAAACCCGCGACACCCCCUUGCGAAUCCGCAAGGACGGCAAAUUCAAGAUCCUCCAGAUCAGCGACGCCCACCUCAGCACAGGCACAGGCAAAUGCCGCGACGCCAUCGGUGCAGAUCAUCAACCCAUCACAAACUGCGAAGCCGACCCCCACACCCUCGACUUCCUCGACCGCAUCCUGGACGACGAGAAGCCGGAUCUUGUAAUUCUAUCCGGCGACCAAGUCGAAGGCCCUAGCGCACCAGACACCCAAACCACCAUCUACAAAUUCGCCGCCCCGCUAAUCGAGCGGCAGAUCCCCUUCGCCUGUAUCUUCGGCAACCACGAUGAUGAAGGCCCCGUAGCUCUAAGCAGGAAAGCGCAGAUGGAUCUCUUGCAAACACUACCCUACUCCCUCUCCCGUCCUGGACCGGAAGAAGUAGACGGGGUGGGGAAUUACCACCUCGAGAUCCUCGCCCCUUCACCAUCUCAACACAGCGCGUUGACCUUGUAUCUACUCGAUACCCACAGCGGCAGUCCCGACGAAAAAAAGUACAAAGGCUACGACUGGCUCAAACCCUCGCAAAUCGCCUGGUUCAAGCGCACGGCCCAAUCUUUACGGAAAGAACACGCCAAGUACUCGCAUUUCCACCUCGAUAUGGCUUUCAUCCACAUCCCCCUCCCGGAAUACGGAUUGCGGGAAGAAGGAGCCCUGACGGUGCAAGGAGGGGAGUGGCGCGAGGGCGUGACGGCUCCCGGGUAUAAUUCCGGGUUUUAUGAUGCCCUGGUUGAGGAGGGCGUGGUGGCGGUCGGGUGCGGACACGAUCAUGUGAAUGAUUAUUGCGCGUUGAAAAACCACGUCAGCACUAUGCCAGCCGCCGGGGAUGCCUCGCCGUCGUCGCUCGGUAGGCGAGAAGAUCUCCCGCCUUCCACGUCGACUUCGCACCACGGUCAUACCUCCUCCUUCUCCCACGAGAACAAACUAGGACCCUGGCUCUGCUACGCCGGCGGCUCCGGCUUCGGCGGGUAUGCCGGUUAUGGGGGUUUCCACCGCCGGGUCAGGGUGUGGGAGGUCGAUGCUAAUGCGGGCCAGAUUGUUACGUGGAAGCGGGUGGAGUGUUGUUCGGCGGGGGAGAGGAGGGAACGGGAGGGGGAGUUGAUGGUUGUGGAUGGGGGGAGGGUGGUUGUUGGAUGA